AUGGCAGCAAUAUACGCUGUGUACACUUCGCCCAAUCAUCCAACCCUCCCAAAUCACCUCCCAACUCUUGUAGUCACUCCUCAUGGUCAACCCACCAAUAUCCUCUAUUCUUAUCUCCAUACAAACUUCAACUCAGAGAACUAUCUUCUGACACCAUCGCCUCAAGGUGAUCUCUGUGUCGCCAAAUUAUUCCCGCCUCGCCCUAAAGAACCCGGAAAGGGGUCUGCUUCUGACCCAGGACAUGGUUCGUCGGCCAGUUCCCGAGUAGUGCGUUGCGAAGCAUCUCGUAACUUGAAAUGGUCUAUCGCCAACACCGGUGUCAUAUCGCCUAUAUACAAACUUUCCCUACCGUCGCCCGACUCGCCGGAUCUCCCACUCUUCCAGAUAUCCAAACCGAACCCUAACGCCGCUUUCUGGAGUAUGUUCUAUUUUGCCUACGCCGGGCAUAACAUCCCACCAAAGCGUAUCGAGUUCGGGAAGAUCCAGAAGAAUCCUCCUGGCCCGAAUGGAGGUGGAACCAGGAUUAGCAUCACAGGCAAGACGCCCGAAGAGAAGGCCGUGUGGCAAACUCUAGGUGAAGGGAAUGAAGAUUGUGUCGAAUGGGUCGUCCUUUGCGCAGCCUUGAAUUUGCUAGAUGACGAGAUAAUGAAGGCUGUGGAGAAGAACCCCCCUCCCGGUGGAGGCAAUCGCCCUCCGCCCGUUCAACUUCGUGAUUCAGGACCAACCCCCGGUCCUGGUCCUGGUCCUGGCCCCGCUCUUCGUGGUCCACCGCCACCUCAACAGCAGCAAGUUCCUCCGCUUCAAGGUCGUCCGCCUCCACCUCCGCACACUCAGUCGGCUCCCGUCAAUAUCCAAGGAGGGCGUCCACCCCCAGGAUAUCCACCCCCGGGCGCUGGUCGGGGUUUCCCUGGCCCAGGACCUCAACCUGGUGGAUACCCGCCACCACAACAGGGCUUCGGUCCCGGUCCAGGUCGCGGCGGUCCUCCCCCUCCACGCGGCGGUAUGCCUCCUCCUGGUCCCGGUCAUAUGCCAGGCGGAGGUUAUCCCAUGCGCGGCGGCGCACCCCCUCCAAUGCAGCAUGCUGCCUCGCAAGGCCAGCCCCGUCGAUUCUGA